CGCCGUGAGGGCGGCGAUGGCGGCGGCGAUGGCGGCGCCCGGGGGGGACGGGCCCGGCGCGGACUCGGACGGCGGCAGCAGCGGCGAGGAGCUGGUGCUCACCCCGGCGCAGCUGAUCCGCAGCCUGGAGCAGGCCUGGCUCAACGAGAAGUUCGCUCCGGAGCUGCUGGAGAGCAGACCCGAGAUCGUCGAGUGUGUCGUGGAGCAGCUGGACCACAUGGAAGCAAACCUGAAGCGGGCGAAGAGAGGAGACCUGAAGGUGAGCGUGCACCGCAUGGAGAUCGAGAGGAUCCGCUUCGUGCUCAGCAGCUACCUGAGGUGCCGGCUGGUGAAGAUAGAGAAGUUUUUCCCCCACAUCCUGGAGAAGGAGAAGUCUCGAGCUGAAGGGGAGCCCUCCAUCCUGUCACCAGAGGAGUUUGCUUUUGCUAAAGAGUACAUGGCGAACACAGAGGCUUACCUGAAAGACGUGGCCCUAAAACACAUGCCACCCAACCUGCAGAAAGUGUCUCUCCUAAAGUCAGUUCCGAAGCCCAACCUGGACUCCUUUGUGUUCCUGCGGGUGCUGGAGCGGCAGGAGAACAUCCUGGUGGAGCCCGAGACGGAUGAGCAGAGGGAGUAUGCCAUCGACCUGGAGGAGGGCUCGCAGCACCUGAUCCGCUACAGGACCGUGGCCCCGCUGGUGGCCUCGGGAGCCGUGCAGCUCAUCUGAGGGGGAGCG